UCCUAAACAACAACGAGAUCUGCCACACAGCACCCACCCAUCGAUCAACGAUCAACUGAGGAGUAGAGGGAGUGACCAGCGACGAUGCCGGGAGCCGUGAAGGUGUUCGGGUCGCCGACGUCGUCGGAGGUCGCCCGCGUCCUGGCCUGCCUCUUCGAGAAGGAUGUCGAGUUCCAGCUCAUCCGCGUCGACUCCUUCCGCGGCCCCAACCGCAUGCCCCAGUACCUCAAGCUGCAGCCGCACGGCGAGGCGCUCACCUUCGAGGACGGCAACGUCACCCUCGUCGAGUCGAGGAAGAUCCUGAGGCACAUCGCCGACAAGUACAAGAGGCAGGGGAACCUGGACCUGAUCGGGACGGGGGCGCUGGAGCGCUCCUCCAUCGAGCAGUGGCUGCAGACGGAGGCGCAGAGCUUCGACGUGCCCAGCGCCGACAUGAUCUACAGCCUCGCCUACCUGCCGCGCACCAUGCCGCUCGACGGGAGGAAUGACGCCGGCGCCGGCGCCGGCAGGCAGCAGAAGCAGCAGCGGGACAUGAUGAUGAGCCCGUCCCACAUGCAGAAGGUGGAGGAGAUGAAGCAGCUGUUCGAGAAGAGCAGCAGGGAUCUGGGCAAGGUGCUGGACAUCUACGACCAGCGGCUUGAGGAGGCGGAGUACCUCGCCGGCGACAAGUUCACCCUCGCCGACCUCUCCCACAUGCCCAACGCCGACCGCCUCGCCUCCGACGAGCGCUCCGCCCGCCUCAUCCAGUCCCGCAGGAACGUGAGCCGCUGGUGGGCCGACGUCUCGAGCCGCGAGUCCUGGGUGUACGUCAAGAGCCUGCAGCGCCCGCCGUCCGCCGAGGCGCCAUUCUGAUCUCCAUGCACGGUCGCCGUCGUCUCCUCGCGGCGCACGGCCGCCGCUCCGCGAGAAGGUGUCGCCCACUGCCCCACCACAUACACUAUUAUCCGUGGCAUUUCCGUUCCCGCGCUUCACAGUUUGGAUUGGUUUCUUUGCCCUGUAAUGUGUUUUCGUUGUUUCUGAAUAAUCUCGUAUGCGUUGUGUUCUUCAUCGGCAUGGGUGUUUCGCCCUUGCCUUCCUGUUGCGGUCGAAAGAUCAUUUGAAUCGUGUAAUAAUAAGCGCAAUAAAAUGAUUUCCCUUGUCUUUU